AUCCAGGCCGACCGAGGAGGAUUUUAGUCCUUGUCCUUCUACCUUCUUCUUUAUAUAAUCACUAUUCACAUUAAAAUUUAAGUCCAAGAUCGUGCAGCUGGAGGUUGGCAAGAAACUCCAUAAUUCUGAUAUAUAAGAGCGUGAUGUUCGGUGGUUAGCUUUUAAUUUGUGUGAUUCACAACCAGCGACUUCCGUGAAGAGCAAAUUAGUAUAUGUAUACGUGUUUGGCUCCUUAAUUUUGUGUGGGUUUAAACUUAAUUUAUAGUGACAUGCAUUAUUCCUAUGCUCAUGCUCAUGCUCAUCCUCAUCCUCAUCAUCAACAUUACCUCCUGAUCCCACUCAUCAAGUCAAAUUCACAACAUCUGUGUUUCUCAUCAUACCCAACUUAUUCUUUCUCAUCUAAUUCCUAAUUAAGUUGAUAGUUUUUGGCUGUUAGAUUUCUUGUUUCAUCCCCUAUAAUUACUCCUUCAAAUACCAAACACGCUACUGUUCAAGUACUAGUAGUAGUGGCUGCAGCAUUAAUAUAAUUAAUUCAAUCUUCAAGAAAACAACCUCUUCUUGUCAAGACUUUAGCUAGCUAGUGUCCCGAAGAGAUCCAUCGGUAUGACCAUGAAGAGCUCAUCAGCUGCAGAUGAUGUUAUGAUGGAGAUUGAGGCUAACAAACCACAAGGCAAUGGGCUUGUAGUAGGAGGGCUGAGCCCUUUGAGUGAGAGCCUGUGGAAGGAGAAAACCAAUACGGAAUUUGUGGGCGAUGUUUCCGCCAGGCUCGCCUGGAAAGAUUUAACCGUGGUGGUCACUCUGAGCAACGGAGACACGCAGAAUGUUUUGGAGAAACUCUCUGGUUAUGCGGAGCCUGGAUCCUUUACUGCACUAAUGGGUCCUUCCGGAUCCGGCAAAUCUACACUGCUUGACGCCCUGUCUGGCCGACUCGCUGCCAAUGCAUUCCUUUCUGGAACCAUUCUGCUUAACGGUCGCAAGGCCAAGUUAUCUUUUGGGACUGCUGCAUAUGUAACACAAGAUGACAACUUGAUCGGGACUCUGACGGUUCGUGAAACAAUAUCAUAUUCAGCUCGAUUGCGGCUUCCUGAUAGAAUGCGAUGGUCGGACAAACGGGCACUGGUGGAGAGCACAAUUAUUGAAAUGGGACUUCAAGAUUGUGCCGACACCGUCAUUGGAAAUUGGCACUUGAGGGGCAUCAGUGGGGGAGAAAGAAGAAGGGUUAGCAUUGCACUUGAAAUCCUGACAAGGCCCAGGUUACUUUUCCUAGAUGAGCCAACCAGUGGUCUGGACAGUGCAUCAGCAUUCUUUGUGACCCAGACAUUACGCGGGUUGUCCAGAGAUGGAAGGACAGUCAUAGCCUCGAUUCACCAGCCUAGCAGUGAAGUCUUUGAGCUGUUUGACCGAUUGUACCUACUUUCCGGUGGAAAAACAGUUUACUUUGGUCAAGCCUCAGAAGCAUAUGAGUUUUUUGCACAAGCUGGCUUUCCUUGUCCUGCUCUCAGGAACCCCUCUGAUCAUUUUCUACGGUGCAUCAAUUCUGAUUUUGACAAAGUUAAAGCAACUCUGAAAGGAUCUAUGAAGAUGCGGUUUGAGACAAAUGAUGAUCCUCUAGACAAAGUAACCACAGCAGAAGCCAUUCGGACGCUUGUUGACUCUUAUCGUACUUCUCAGUAUUGUUACUCAGCAAAAGAAAAGAUUGAGGAGAUUUCCAAAAUUAAAGGAACUGUGCUAGAUUCUGGAGGGAGUCAGGCUAGUUUCUUCAUGCAGGCUUUUACCUUAACUACACGGUCAUUUGUUAAUAUGUCGAGGGACUUUGGGUAUUACUGGCUGAGGCUUGUCAUCUAUAUCGUGGUCACUAUUUGCAUCGGAACCAUUUACUUGAAUGUCGGAACAAGCUACAACUCCAUCCUGGCAAGAGGUGCAUGCGCGUCUUUUGUCUUUGGUUUUGUAACCUUUAUGUCCAUUGGUGGAUUUCCUUCAUUUGUGGAAGAUAUGAAGGUUUUCCAAAGGGAAAGGCUUAAUGGGCACUAUGGCGUGAGUGCCUUUGUGAUCAGCAACACCUUAUCUGCAAUGCCAUUUCUGAUAUUAAUCACCUUUAUUUCUGGUACUGUGUGCUACUUCAUGGUCCGACUCCACCCAGGCUUUUCACAUUACUUAUUCUUCGUAUUGUGCCUUUACGCGAGUGUCACGGUGGUUGAGAGCCUGAUGAUGGCUAUAGCCAGUGUUGUUCCAAAUUUCCUUAUGGGUAUCAUCAUAGGUGCUGGAAUUCAGGGAAUUUUUAUGCUGGUCUCAGGUUAUUUCCGGCUACCAAAUGACAUCCCAAAGCCGGUGUGGCGUUACCCAAUGUCUUAUAUAAGUUUCCACUUCUGGGCUCUACAGGGACAAUACCAAAAUGAUCUGAAGGGCUUGAUCUUCGACAACCAGUCGCCUGAUCUUCCCAAGAUUCCAGGAGAAUAUAUCUUGGAAAAUGUUUUCCAGAUUGAUGUGCAUCGAUCAAAGUGGAUCGACCUCAGUGUUCUAUUCAGCAUGAUUAUCAUUUACCGCAUCAUCUUCUUCAUCAUGAUCAAAGUUAAUGAGGAUGUGACCCCUUGGGUUCGUGGCUAUAUUGCAAGACGGAGAAUACAGCGAAAAAGUGCCAAUCAGAAUACCACAAUUACUCCUUUUGCUCUUACUCAAUCACCUUCCCUGAGGACUUACGUCCAGAAUCGAGCUUCCGGCAGUGGCAGGCGGUAGAAUAGCUUAUAAGAUUGUCAACUCCCACUUUCUAUUGGACGCAGCUUAUUAAAACUAGGUACCAUGGACUCUUGUCUGAGAAUGGGGAACUACUGGUGUAACUGCUAAGCUACCUUUCACUUUUCAACUUUUUGUUGGAAUCUUCCAGAAAUAUGAAUUGUAUAAACCAAGAUCUGUACGUGAAGAAAGACAGAUAAGAAAAUGCCAAUGGCUGGUUUGUAUUGUGGAGUUAAUUGCGUGUGAAAUUGGCAACUGAGAGAAUUUAAUAUCUACAUCUUCUGAA